GUGAUGAAUUAUUUUUGAAUAAUUUUUUAAUUCAAAUGACUGAGGUUUCUUUGUGGGUUACGAUCUCUCUUAUUCAUCUAAUAGAGGUCGUGCCGAUUAUAGACGAUAAGAUUUCAAUUUUUGUGUUCUUUUUUUUAGUUAGUUAGUUUUUUUUUUUUGGGUGUUACCAUUUUAUUUCAAUAUUUACCCCGAAAGAAAAAUGGUAUUUUGAGCUCUAAAACCCUGAACCAGUAAACCUUCAGGUUGUCCUUAACAAAUUCGUGAAGAACUAAAUAACACAACAAAAUUUCUUUCAAAAAAAAUAAAAAUAAAUAAAACAACAAAAUAUCGGUGGAUCUCUCUCCUAAUUACCAACCAGACAAAGAAUGACGAGAGGAACAAUACCUGAUAAAUGGUCAAUGAGGCUUCUUUGGCUUUGUGCUCUUGGAAGUGCAGUUGGUUUCUACAUGGUUGCUGUGGAAAGGCAAACGCAGAAUAGAGAUAAGAUGAUGGCUGAAUUGGGCAACAUCGAAUCGAGUGGCGGUUCGAGUGAGGAUGUUUAGUUUGAAUCAAGACUCAAGAGAUAUGCAUCUUUGAGAAUUUGUGUUGAUUUGUUUUUUGAAUAAUCUGAAUAGCAAUUGAGACUUUUUUAUGUUAAUCAAAAGUUGGUUCAGUUUCGAAUUCACUUGAAA